GAAACUGGAAUUUUCAAUCGGCGCAGAAUUAGCUUCGAGUGUAAAACAAACCUGAUAAAAUGUCAGAACUGGAACUGGAUGAUUCAAUGAUGGAAGAAUCUGAAUCAAAGGAGGUUCAAGUAGUAAUCUAUAGGUGUAGGAAAUGCAGAAGAAUGGUUGCUUCUGAUGAUCUUGUUGUCCCCCAUGAGCGUGGAGGUGGUCAGAGUAGCUUUAAGUGGAAGAAGAGGAGCCACAAUGGUCAGGGAGAAGCUAUUGAAUGUAAUUCCUUAUUUGUAGAGCCUAUGAAGUGGAUGGAAGCUGUUGAAGAUGGUUGUGUGGGAGAUAAACUUCAGUGCAUAGGUUGCAAGACAAAGUUAGGUUCGUUCAAUUGGGCGGGCAUGCAAUGCAAUUGUGGAGCUUGGGUUACGCCUGCUUUUCAGAUUCAUAAAAGUCGUGUAGACAUUUGUUAAGUAUGAGACAUUCUUCUUAUUCUCUUCUUUGUUUAGCUGUUGUUUGAGAUUACUUUCAUCAGAGAACUAAUAGUUUUUUAUGGAUCAAGUUGUUUCUAAACAAUAAUGUUGAUGUUUUUUAAUGUUUUAGAAA